GUCCCGCAGGUAACCUCAAUUGCUCCGAGGGGAGAGGUAUCAAUCAAAUAAUAAAGUAAAUAAAUUUAUUAGAUUUAUAUAGUGAGCUUUUGAAAAUGCAUAAUAAUAUAGGUGACAAAUUCGGAUUCUGGAAGUACAAAUGGUGAAAAACGGAAAGGCAAUACAAAGGAGUUGAGAAAAACACAAAUUGGAAUAAAAUGAUCGUUGGGCUUCAAAGAAUCCAAUAAAAAUAUUCAUUAGUUGACCCCUGAAAACCAGAUACCCUCCCCAAAUUCACUCCAAUGGAUGCCUCUCUACACCAUCACAGCCACCGCUCAACAUCUCCGGACGGCAUCGCCGCUGUUAAUCCGACGGAGGAGAUCACUCCAGACCCGUCAAUUUCAGGUGCCGUCGAAGAGCCACUAUCCAAAGCGGCCAUUACGAGAAGAAAGAAUAGAAAGAAGCAAAGAUUUGAUUCAGACACUGUGUCGUCGGCUUCUUCGAAUUGUUGUGGCUAUGCGAUGUCGUCUUCGCAGAAGGGCAUCAGGAUUUUAACAAACCCUAAAAAAAUUCGGGUCGGGCCGCUGAUGACGGCACGUAGAAGGGUCGGGCCAAGUGACGUCGACGCCCUCGGCCUUCCCCUAGGAAUGUCAAUUGCCGCUGUUGUUGCGCAGGUUCUGGAUCGAAAAAACGCAGCUGGGGAUAACUUGUCCCUGGAUUAUCUGUCUGAGAUAUGCAUAUUGGCUGUACGCGAGUCCCUGGGAAAUGUUUUCGGCGAAAAAUUCGAUAAUUUCUUAGAGAAUUUCGAGAAAUCAUUUCGAAGUACGCUGAUGACUUUGAGGUUAAUCAGUGAUACACCUCAAAACAUCCACGAACAAGCCCAAAGAGCUCGAUUUGUAAGGUGUUCUUGUUCAUGUUCCCUUGAUAAACUCAAAAAUCCCAUAUGCUUCCACGAAGCCAAAGAUAAUUUAAAGUCUCUCUCUUCUGGCGAACAACACCAACAAGUGCUGGGCCGGCAUACGUCCCUUGACCAAGUCCAAGAUUCUUUACACCCUUUAAGUCAAAGUCAAAGUCAAACUCCCCCUCAGAUGGAGAAAAUCACGAGCACAAAUUCGAUGAGUCGAGAGCUCGUUCUGCACGAUAAAAACAACGAGCGUCAAUUGGCACAUUCUAAUACCGACCAAUUUUCCAUGCUAAGCACGAUUGAAAAAUCUAUCAUCGAGCAAACCCGUUCGAACGACCUCAAGGCAUUCGAGAUCGGACUUAUCAUGAAAAAAUUGCAGCUUAAGGAAAAACAGCUGGAACUGAAUUCCAGUGCAAAUAUCUUGGAGAGAUGGAAAUUUUCGAUGGGUUUAUCCAAGGCGACUUUUAAAGCUGAAAAAUUCAAGACGCAGUUACAGGACAUGAGACAGGUGGAGCUGCUUAAGAAGUGCUUGGAUUUUUUAGUCGCGGGUUUAGUUAUCAUGUUAUUUUCGCUCGGUUAUGGGACAUAUGCAUAUUCUCACCGGAGGAUUAUUGAAGCCACUGAAGCUUGCUCUCCUCAUACAGAAUCCAAAUCUUGGUGGAUGCCGAAAUCGAUGGCGACCUUCAACACGGGCCUUCAUCUUUUAAAAUGCCAAAUCCAAGUCUUGAGCCGAAUGCUGUUUGGAAUUCUAAUGAUUGGAGCCAUUGCCUUUCUACUCAUCCAACGAUCCUCCGCUUCACAUCACACGAUGCCCGUCACUUUCAUACUCCUACUCUUAGGUGUCAUGUGUGGCUAUGCAGGCAAAUUUUGUGUGGACACUUUGGGAGGGAGUGGGUCCCACUGGCUAAUUUAUUGGGAGGCCCUUUGUUUGUUGCAUUUCUUGUCGAAUGUUUUCAGCCCGUAUCUUUAUGUUAUCUUAAAUGGGCCCAUCACCGUUGUGGAGCGGGCCGAAGGCAAGUGUUCGGUACUUUUACCAUAUUGGGUGAGAAGGGUGAUUUUCUUUGCUCUGUUGAUAAUUUUGCCGUUAUUUUGUGGGCUAAUGCCGUUUGCGGGCCCGCGGGAGUGGUUCGAGCAUUUCCGGUCAGGGGCUUUGGGUUUCUUGACGGUGGUCGAUGACUGAUCGGAGUNUUUUGUACUUGU